UUCGAUGCUCAGCAUCCGAGAGGAGUUAAAGUGAAAUCGCGUUAGCCGUUACAGUGCGUUCGGUAAAUUCCUUUCCUUCCUGGAUAACUCCUGCAUAGUACAGUGGCGAUGGGCACAAAACGAUCAACGCCAUGCGGUUGGCUGUACAGUCCCCGGUUUCACGGUGUGAUAGUUGGAUUGCUGGCCCUUGCCAACAGCCUUUCCGCGAUGGCCGCCUCGGUUUACUUGCGGGUGCACUUUGACGAUAUUCGGAAUGUUCCGGAACAGCUGUCACUGUACUAUCGGUACGCCACAAUCGAUGUUCUCUUCGUCGUGAUUGUGCUGCUGGUCGUCGGCACGUACUUCAUCGGGAUUGGCAAGGUGAACGAGUACUACAUCAUCCCGUUCGGAAUACUGCUGAUGCUCGAUUCGAUGGGCUACGUUGCCACGGAGAUGGCUACCACGAUGAGCAGCGAUACGCCGGAAUUGUUCCGCGGUAAAGCCUUGUCUACGCUGCUAGAGCUCGCUAUCUUCGGCUACAUGUUUGUGACAGUAUUCGUGCUGUUCCGGGCACUGCAACGGGAACGGCGUAUGAACGAGGAGCGUCUUAGAGGCUACCGGAGCUUAAGCAGCAGCACGGAGCACAUCGAAAUGUGAUACCAGACGCAGCGGAACAAGACAGCAUUCAUUAUAAUAUUUUACAAAACGUGUACCACAGUACAACUUCCGCUGCCAAAUUGACUCUAGUAUUUAUCCUGCUGCUGUUACCGGAUCGAACUCCGUAGUUUGAACACGCAGUUCGUGAAAAGUCAUAAAGAGAAAUCUUAAGUUGGUAUAGAAAAUAGAUGCCUUAAAGCUAUGUGGAGGUGACCACUGAAAGUGUAUCGCUUUCUAAAUUAAGUAAAUGAUGAUAUCCCAUUCGCGAUCCACGUAGAUGCAGCAAUUUCAUAGGAGACACCAAAUGAAUCUUAUAAAAACCAGCGUUAAUUGAUGCAACACCGAAAAGGCUGUUAACGGUCUCCAUGUAAAUCUCUAUGGUGUUUUUAACCCAUAAUCAACCUGUCGGUCCUCCGGUAUGAAAUCCAAGAAAUAGAAACAACCAUUACAUAGCAAAAAUGAAAUGGUUUGCGAAGUAAGUAUUAUGUGAAACACGGAUCUUUCAAAUUCAUUCUAGACCCGAUUAAAAUUACCAACCAAAUGGUUUGGCAACACCCUUCUCCUAUCUUCAUCAUGUUCCAAAUAUGCGAUACAAUAAUUCGUGAUCAUACUUCUCCGGGAACCUGGACUUCCCAGCCCGAAUCAUUGACAAGCCAACCACAUUAUCAGUUGAGGUCCUGAUAGGCGGCGUUCGAUGCAGAAAACACUCGCCAGGCGGAGUACGAGAAGUUUGCAUGAAAUUCUUCCAGGGCUGCAGUGUGCCGCGAGCCUCCGUUUAGAGCAGUUCAAUUCACAGUCCAGACCUUAGCGCCCCGUUUGAAGUUUUGUUUCGUGCAUUAGAAUCAUGGCACAGGAAGUUCUCUUAGUUUUUUCGAAAACCCUCCGCAG